UUUCACUUCGAUACGCCUCUCAACAAGUAAACAAACGGACCUGUCGAUUCUUGUUCAGUGUUUACAAAUAUGGCGGACUAAAGAACAAACAUCUUGAUAAAAAUGAAAGGGAAUUGGCUUGUUUUCGCUGUUUUUCUUUCACUUUUUGUUAGUGUGGUGAAUGGUCUAACGAAUGAUUUCCUGAAUCGGAAGUGUAACAGUGAGCUGUACGUGGCUCAGAGUCAUCGGCUCGAGUCCUCUGACGCGCUCUAUUACGAGCCUGACCUGUCCUGCUACUUCACGGUCACCGUGGACGCCGGCAAGAGGGUCUUCCUCAUCAGCAGGAUUUUUGAACUGGAGUCCAAGGUCUCAGGUGCAUGCGUGGACUUUGUGAAUAUUUAUGACGGCAUCAGCACCGCGUCGUCCACCAUUAAUACGUCACCGCUUUGUGGGGUCAUCUACAGAACGACAUACCUUUCAACGUCAAAUGCGAUGACGGUGUAUUUUGAAACGGACAAGACAGGCGCCCGGCACGGGUUCGACUACGUCUUUGUUGCCGUGACGACUGGCACGUGUAACUCGGGUCAGUUCGCGUGCAACACGACGGGGGUGUGCAUUCCCGAGGAUCUACACUGUAGCACACAGGAUGAGUGCGCCGACAACAGCGACGAAACGGGAUGUGUCUACGACUUUCCGGACGGGGUUGAGCUGGACCCCAACGCGGCGCUCAUCAUCGGCCUCUGCGUGGGCCUCUUAGUGGCGCUCGUCGUCGUGAGCCUCUUCGGCUACUACUGCUACCGACACCACAUCCGGUGGCGGUUCUUCAUGAGGCGCCCCCUGACGGUGGACGAGGUGGUGCACGAGGAGACGACGCAUUUCAACGCGUAUCCGGUCACAAAAGUCUACUACAAAGAAAGGUUCCAAGACAUGUACAUCGACGCCAAAGGUCCACCUGUAUACAAUGGGGCCGUGGCUACGCAUAUAACCAAGCGUGACUCGGCAACUGCGAGUCAAGUAUCGUCGGAUGUCAUUUCCGCAGAAGAUCUAUCGACCUCCACGAGAAAAGAUUCCAUAUACGCAUAACCACUGUUGAUUGUCAGAGUUUGAUUUUACAGUUAUUAAUAUGCCAAAUUUCGUAUGUUUAAUAUUAUUUUACAGUUAAAUAAACUUUGUACAUUUCAAUCUGUCCAAAUAUGCAAAACAAGGAUUUUCCGCUCAUAUCAAACUGGCACUUUGCGAUUGGUGAAAGUGUUACAAUUAAUGUACAUGCAGUUGAUAUUUUAUACGAUAUAUUUAUAUUAUAUGUUUUAUGGUAUGCUUUUCAAUCAUUUAUUUUAAACACGUAUACUAUAUUUUAAGAUAUAAUUCCUUUUUUGGAAGAUUAAUUAAGAACUGGGUUGUUAAAAUGGGUUCUAUAUGCCUUUUGAAUGUCAAAUAUUUUUAAUUGGGUUAAUAAAUAACAGGAUGUUUCAACGUUUCUGCAUUUUUGGAAUAUUAUCUGCAAUUAAUUCACAACAGAACACUUUUACAUUAACGUGAUAUAAACUUUUUAGUAUAUUGCUGUCUGACAUGUCGUAUUAUGUAAUGUAGUGUAUGACUUACUUUUAUGUUUAACAUUUAGACUACUUAAUUCGUUACAGCGCUUUUUCUAAUUUCUAAAAUAACAUCUUACUUUCUGAAUGUAAAAUGGUAUAAUUUGGCUUACAACGAAUAGUCGAUUGGACUUGAUUUCAUUUUUUGUUGUUGAUAUUUUUGAAUUUUAAAGGGGCUUGUUCACAUAUUUGUGUAUUAAAAUGUAAUCAAAUGUUUCAAAUUAGUAAUAAACUGGUCUUGACAAGCGUUGAAUAAAGCUGUGUACUCUCUUUGGGGUUCGAACCCGGAGUCUUCUGAAGCAUAAUUUAGAGUUUGAUAGAUUCGAAAUGUGCAAAUGUUUUGGAUAUCUCGGCUGUUUUCCCCCUUUUACAAUCUAUGAACAAGUCCCUUUAAUGGGUGUAUUUGUGUCUUGUUCUGAGAAAACUGGACAAAACGCAUGUGCGUAAAGUGUCGUCCCAGAUAAGCCUGUGCAACUCUCCGCUUAGGGAAGAUUUUCGGUAAAAAGGGACUUCCUUUCAACGAAAAAUACCAUUGAAGCGGAAAGUGUCGUCCCUGAUUAGCAUGUGCGGACUGCACGUGCUUAUCUGGGAUGACACUUUGCGCACAUGCAUUGAGCCCAGUUUUCUCAGAACAAGGCUCAUUGUAUUAUCGUUUCCAUUGUAUGUUAUUCUCUACAUGCCUCUUUACAUAAUGUUAUAAUGCAUUUAUAUAUUGUAUUUUUCUUUGCAAUAUCCGUUCGCUGGCGAGCCUUUGACUAUUUCCUAUUGACAAUUGUCUGUUAUUUAUGCACAUAGGCAUUUCUAAAUAAACCAGAAAACAACGAA